AUGUGGAGAGGAGGCUAUACAACAUGGGUACCAAAAGCCAUCCCUACACCCGGACCGUUGCCGGACCCUUUCCGCGUGUUGUUUGAUGCACACAUUGUCAUCGGUUUCGCAUACGCACCUUUACGACGUACUGUCCAGAAGAAGCAGAACCGUUAUCACAACAUGAUUACUGAACCCAUUCCUACUCCUACAUUACCAGUUCGGCAGUUUCAAGUCGAGAAAUUGUCGAAUUUGUCAAGACAACAGAGCUUCUUCUCCACAACCGUAUCUCGUGCCCGAGAAGGACGACGUGUUGUCAACAGCAAUUUCGCCAUGGUAUCCCCAUUUCGACUGCUGUUAUGA